CGUGGUGAUUCAACCUUGGUCUUGAAUACCCAGCUGAAGAUUUGCAUUGAGGCUGCAGAAAAGAAAGAAUUGGCAGAAUGGCAAAUUCUCAGCAACAGACUUUUUACAAACCAUCCGCAAUUACUCAAAUCACGGGGGGCUUGAAGGAAGGGAAGACUGUUAUCAUAAUUGGACGGAUUUCGGCAAAUGCUAAUACAUCAAAUAUCAGCCUUAAGGAUGGUACUCAUCCUGCUGCUAGUACUGCUCUGUGCAUUAGCUGUGAGAAUGACCAACAACGUAUAGUGUACAAGACCUUCAGAAACGAUAGCUGGGACUCAGAUCAACCCACUUCUAAGUCUCCUCUCCUCCAAGACCAACUGUUCAUCAUCAAGAUCCUUGUCACCACACAGGCAUAUAAGAUAAGUGCCAAUGGGGAAGACUUAAUGGUCUAUAAUCACCGUAUUCCAUUCACUCAAAUGAACACCAUCUCAGUGGAGGGAAUGGAGCUGGAUUUCAUUGGCCAUCUGAAUCUUGUGGUGGCAUCAUACAAAAAAGAACUGAUGGAUGGACUAAAGCCUGGAAAAGUCAUUGUAAUUUAUGGAAUUGUUAACUCUGACUGUAAAAGGAUGGAGAUUAAUCUGCGUCACAGGUAUGGGAUAGCAUUUCACUACCUAUGCCGUUUUGAGGAGGAUGCAGUUGUUCGCAAUACCUGGCGGGACGGGGCUUGGGGGGUAGAAGAAAAGAGUCAAGACAUCCCUUUUAAAAAUGGAGAGUUCUUUGAGAUCAAAAUCACCUGCAACGUAGAGCAGUAUGGUGUGUCAGUGAACGGCCAGCAAGUACACACUUAUAAGCAUCGCUUUACUAAUCUGGAUGACAUCGAUGUUGUUGAAGUUUGUGGAGGUCUAGAGUUGUUUUCUCUGGAAGCCAAGGAUCCAUAGGAAGGGCAUAUUUAAAACUUCCACAAAUAAGUUCAUAUUUUAUGCUUAAAACUACUUUUUUUUUGUUCCUUUAUUUUGUUCAACUGGUCAAAUAGCUUCUGCUGGUGAUAACACAUGCACAUACAUUUCUUUUCUGCCACUAUAUUAACUAUUGUGAAGUUUACAGGUGCUGUAAGUGAUUGUUGCACACGCAAUGUCUCAGCUUCCAGACUGAUAUGUGACCAAGGACCACAAAACCAGUCAUAAGGGUCAAUUUAUGGAAAUUGGGAUUUAUGCAUCAGCUGAAAGCUGGAUAAAUAAUCUUUCCAUUGAUGUAUGGUUUGUUAGGAUCAGACAAUAUUUGGCUGAAUUACAACUAUUUGAAAAUCUGGAAUCUGAGGGUGCAAAAAAA